AUCAGAUCAUAAUUCAUUUUUGAUGCCACGCGAAAAGCUAAUGCCACAGUGGUUCUUUCCUCCCCUACCCCCCUUUUCCCACCCUCGUCUUCCAAAGAGGGCUGGCUGGUCACGUUUCCUACAGGGAGCACACCCUUUCGCAGUUCCUAGCAGGUUUUUAUUUUAUUUUAUUUUAUUGCUUCUUUUUCAGGGUACCCACGCCCGAGGCUUGUUCCUCGGUGGGUUGGUAGGUACAUAUGGAUUAUGUACAUUAGGUACCACAUAUGUUGGACCUUGUCGGCCGGGGAGAAGGCCAAAAGGGGGAGCUGGGCCCGCUGCUGUAAGCCCGUACGAACAGGCGGAAUGGGAAAGCAUAGGGCCCACUCGGAGAUACGAAACCGGGCUACCAGAAGUCGUUACGGCCGGUAGCGCUGCUGGAAUCAGGAAAGCUGUGCUGCGAGAUAUACUGUAUGGGGUCGUGUAUGUACGUAUGUAUGUACGUGUGUAUGUAUGUAUGACAUGUAGGCUGACUGCAGCUUCGAAACCACGUUGCACGAUGCUGUCAGCUAUUACCUACGCUACGGAGCCUGUGUCUCGAAGCCAUGUGUGCGCCACACGACACAUCUCGCGGUAGGUGAGACGAAGGUAAGUAGUAGUAGUUAUUGUUGUAGUUGUUGUUGUUUGCGCCAUUCCCCGCCAGCCCCUCGUCUCCUAUUCGCUGCCGUGCGUUGAAUAUACCUAGACUGCCUCAUAUAUACGCCGUCUCCCCGCCGCCGCGCCUCGUGAGGGCAUAGAAAUUAUUGACUGACUGACAUAUGUUGAGACGGACACACAACAUAUUUUCGUGCGUGUAGUGUAAGAGUCGUAGACGGCGGGACAGGUUGGGUUGGGUUAUGCGCCGAAGAACUCCCGCGUAGUUGAUGUUGAACCCAUACAUAGUACACACACACACACACACACACACACAUGGGAGAGGCGUCUUAACUCCGUGCCCUGCUGGAUCUUGGUUUCCAACCCCUUCCCAAUCGCAGGGGUUCAGAUUGCGUGUGUGUGGGUUGAUGAUACCUAUCCCACGACAACACAACCUCUGCCCCCCCUCCUGAGCUUACGUAUGUUAGGCAGAGGUAUUGGUUGGUGGGGAAAAGGCAGGGCGUAUUUCGCCGGGGGCGGGGGGUUGUGAUGGAGAAAGGAAAAGGGCAAAUGCGUAGGUUACUUUGUAUAUUAUCGAUAAUAAUCCCAUCUU